GGAGCGCAAGUAGCCGGUCGAUUUGAUCUAGUGAGUGAACGUGUGAUUGUGGUGUCCGCGCGUUAAGCGAAGUAAUGGACUGACCGUGAUUAUUUCUUUUUGUUAUUGUUGGCGUAUUCAUCUCACCAUGAUGAAUGGAAAGCUACAUGCGGCAGAACAUCUGCCGAAUGCAGAAGAUCUGUUAAAUCCAUUUGUACACCGCCUCGAACUGUCAACAACGUACGACAAAAUUAAGACGGGUGUGCUGACUGUGGCGGUGCUGCCGUUCCGCGUGGCGGCCAUCAUGGUGCUGCUGGUGCUGGCGUGGCUGCUGGCCUGCGUGGGCCUGCUGGGGCUCUCCGAGGACGACCUGCGCUCCAGGCCCAUGACCGGCUGGCGGCGCAAUGCGCGUGCUGUGAUCUGCUGUGUGAUGAGGGGUCUCUUCCUGUGUGGAGGAUUCCACUGGGUGACGGUGAAGGGAAAACAGGCGACGGCUAAGGAAGCGCCCGUCCUGGCAUUAGCGCCGCAUUCCUCCUACUUUGAUGCAUUGCCAGUUGUAUAUCUGGGUGCUCCGAGUAUUGUUGCAAAGGGCGAGACUGGACACUUGCCCUUCUUUGGAAAGCUGAUAAACUACACCCAGCCUGUGUAUGUGUGGAGGGAGGAUCCUAACUCGAGACAAAACACCAUCAAGGAGAUCAUCGAGAGAGCCACCUCGGAUCUCGACUGGCCACAGGUGCUCAUAUUCCCAGAAGGAACAUGUACAAACAGAUCGUGUCUAAUCACAUUCAAACCAGGAGCUUUCUACCCAGGAGUACCUGUGCAGCCUGUCUGUUUACGUUAUCCAAACAAACUUGACACAGUUACUUGGACCUGGGAAGGACCAGGAGCGUUAAAACUGCUGUGGCUUACUCUCACACAAGUUCACAGUAGCUGUGUCAUAGAAUUUCUGCCUGUCUACCAUCCAAAUGAAGAUGAGAAGAGAGAUCCCAAACUUUACGCCAAUAAUGUACGGAAAUUAAUGGCAAGGGCUCUUGGCAUACCCAUGUCAGAUUAUACAUAUGAUGAUUGCCGUCUUAUAACAAGAGCUAAAAGGCUCAAUAUACCAGGAGCUGCUGGCUUGCUUGAAGUUCAGAAGCUAAGGGGACGGCUUGGGUUAGUGAAUUCAGAUGCUGAAGAAAAGAUUCUGUCUGAGCACAGGCAUCUUUUCAGCAAAGAAGGUGGCAAAAUCUCCUAUAAGCAAUUUGCAAAGUUACUCGGUAUAGAGCCCAGUGAUGGUCAUCUUCAGCAGCUCUUCUGCCUAUAUGAUAAGGAAUCCUCUGGAGUCAUUGAUGUCAGGGAAUACAUUUUUGAAGUGUUGGUGAUAUCAAAGGCAAAGAAAACAUCAGACAUUAUCCCUAUAGUUUUCCAGGUGUUUGGUUCAGGAGAAGAUGGCAGUUUAAGCCAGUCAGAUCUGCCUGGUGUACUGCAACAUACAUUGGGUAUGGCACCCAUGGAGGUUGCUCAGCUCUGCAGCCAUCUGGACAAGACUGGCAAAGCUCAUAUCUCACACGAUGAACUUACAAAAUUUCUGCAGCACAAGUCGGAUUGCACAGGACUCUUCAGUAGUAACCAGUGGAAUCUAAAGAACAGUUUGAGCACGGAAUGUCUAUUGAGUACAGGAAGUAGUAAAACAGAAUGAACAGAAUGUAAUGUGGUUCUUAGUGAAUAAUGACUACGCCUGACAGUGACAGUGGCAAUGACUGCAAGACUGAAGAUAAUUCACUGCACAUGUGAGUGGGUUGGAGUCAGCAGUUUUGUUAUUUGCCUGUUGUCAAACUGGAUGUUACAAGGACUUGUAUGUAAGACAUUAACAUGACAGGUUCAACUGCCAUUUUGUGGGGAUGAAUACAGUGUACAUUACCAACAGAUCUGUGUAAAGGUACUGGAGAAUCUGCACAAAUGUUACCAAUCUAGUGACUGAAUAAUGUACUAAUCAAUUCAUUCCUGUGUUUUAUGAUGUGAUAUUCAGAGAAAUGCUAAUGUACAGUGAAAUACAGCAAUAGUAGGAUAUUAUUCAGAAUAUUUUGAGUCUAGUUUUAUAACAGCAUAUUCUGUCAUAUACUUUUCUGGAUUUAUUUGUGUUCUCUUCUUAUCAUUCAGAAGCAUGGAGUUUUGCAUUUUUAGAAAACUUCAUUGGAAAAUGUUACAUAAACGUGAUCAUACUGAAGGUGGAAUCUUGUGAAAAACAGUUUUGUGUAACUCUGUAUUUUUAUGCAUCAAAGGAUUGUUUCUCACUAAAUUCUGAUCAGUAGAUAAUGUGAAGGGUCUAGUAUUGCUGAACAGACUUUCAUCAUAUUGCAUAUUAUGCUACUAUUUUUUGUCGCGAAGAUAAACUGAUGUAAUUGACUAUGAAAAACAAGUCGUGUAAUUACAAGUCUUUGCUGAUGUACCAUAAUUAAUUGAAUUUGUCUGAAAAACUCCAAUGGAGCUACAAGCAAUAAAUUAUUUUUUUUACUGCAGCUGAAACCUUUUAUACACUAAUAGUUUUUUAUAUACAAAAAUAUUUAUCUUUGGAUUAGUACAUAUGUCAUGCAGCUUGAUGGCUCGUUAACUUCAUAUAAAAUUUUAGUACUACUGAAGUAAGUAUUUAAUAUCUGUAAUUAUUUUAAUGUGUGGCAUGUAAGUAGUGACACUUGGUCUUAUUAGGGUAUUUCAAACUUUGGGACCAGCAAGUUCUAGUUGAGCUUUCCAACAGUCUUCCUCUGUAAAAGUGAGUCAUCACAUAAUACUGUACACAAGCAUAUUGGAUUGCUAACAUUUUUCAGAAUGAUCAAUAUACACUCAUUUCUGUGCCCUUCCACUCAUUCUUGGUGUUCACUUUCUAAAGUAUGCCCCAAGUUGCCAAUCCUCUGCAGUUCUCCAGUCAUUCAAGUUUAAUUUCUUAACACAGCUGCAAAUAUGUCCAUAUGACAAGGCAGAGCAACGUUUCUACUCUGCUCCCAUAUGAAUUUGUGCUCACAAUUCACACUUUCUUUUGUAUUGAAACUUCCUGGCAGAUUAAAACUGGGUGCCGGACCGAAACUCGAAAUCGGGGACCUUUGCCUUUCGUGGACAAGUGCUCCGCCAUCUGAGCUACCCAAGCACGACUCGCGCCCUGUCCUCACAGCUUUACUUCUGCCAGUACCUCAUCUCCUAUCUUCCAAACUUUACAGAAGCUCUCCUGUGAACCUUGCAGAACUUUUGCAUUACUGAUCAGUUCCAGAACUAAUGACUCUGUAUAUCAGAUAAUGAAAUUGGUUUUGCAAAUGAUUAUUCAUUUUAUUCUGUAGCCAAUGGAAAUAGAUGGCAGUCUGAACAAUAGCCAUUUUAAUCAACAUAAUUCCUCUGUGUUUACCUUGAAUUAUUUUUGAAUUAUACACAUUUGUAGGAGAAUAUAAUGGCUUUGUAGCAUUGGCACAUCUUAUUGAGAUGUGAUCCUCAUCUGCAUGUACGAUAUUGCCACAAAACUAUAAUGUUACAUCAAUUUCAUGGUAUUUUGUCGAAAAUAGUGAAUAUUCUCAUCAGGAUGAGUGCUUCACCUUUUAAGCCAACUCUGCUUUCUUUUUUCCAUUAUCAUAUCUUUAACUCACAUUUUAGUUUAUUCAGGCAGUGGAAUGAUGAUUAUAAGCAAAACCUAGUUGUGCUAUAAUGGCCUCUUUUUGCCAUAAAUUUUACAGAACACCUGUAUAAAAUUUGAAUGGUUCUACAAAUAUUUUCACAUACCUAACAGUUAGCAGCUUCAAUAUGUGUUCUGUAUAAAGAAUCAAGAGCAGCAUCAAACCAGUCUUUGAAUUGAGGAUCACAACCAUAAAAUGGCCAUGCAAAAUGCCUUUUUUUUUUUUUUUUACCUACGUUUUCAAAGGUUGUUGGUAUGCUAGACCAUGAGCAGUGAUACUUUUGUGUCCAGAAAGUGGGCUCAGUGUCCAGCAUGCAUUAGUACCCUAUUCACAUAAUUACCAGGCAAACCAAUUCUGAAACUGUGUGAAGAUUUUCAGGCCAUAAGUAAAUGGGAACCCUACGGUUUAAUAUGUGCUUCAAACCCUGGUGCAAUUUGGCAUUUUUCACAUUAACAAACAAUUUACAAGGAUAAAGGAAGUUAUAAACGACAGAAAAAAAUCAUAGGAUUGAUUGGGAAGUGAACCCCAGACCUUUAGAUUGCUAGUUUGGCAACUACCCUCUUAACCAACAAGCUAUAAGACCAUAAAAUCUAACAUGCAACUAUUUCAUUUGGUGAUAAUCCAUUUAUGUUAGGUGCAUCUGUCUCUUCCAACAAUGCAGGCCUAACUUUGCACUUCAUACUCAUCAGUAUUGUGCCACCAUACACUAGCCAUAGUAUAGCAAAUGAUUAACUUAUUGACAAGAUUUAAACUUGUGUGUUUAUAUCAUUGUUUCGCCAACUUUCUAAUGUUUUGGAGCAGUAGAUAAAUUCACUACUCCAAAUGCAACUGCUCUUAGACAACACGUCACAAGUUUAUAUUUUUGAGUGGGUUACAACAUCCCACAGUGCUUGAAAAUGACCAUGAGUCAAAAUUGCAAUUGCAGUAAAUAAUGUUUUAACAGCGCAGAGCGGAAUGAUUUCAUUUAAAAAUGACUUGAAGGCUGUGGACUUGGUCAUCAUCGAAUUUCUAAAUAAAUACUGUAUGUUAUACUUUAUUUCCUCUUAGUGCUCUCUUUGCAUUUGCCUUUUCAGCAUUCUCCAUUUUCUCCUCAUAGUGAUUUGAUUGCUGAGUUAUUCUUUUGGCUACCUGCACUAGAUCGUCUUAUUAAGUGUUCUGUCUGUCCUCAUUCCUCUCAUGCUCCAUGAAAGCACGUUGUAAGUAGCUCCCUACCUUCAAGAAACAUUAACAGGCACACAAAAGUGACGUAUAUUCACAUAAACAUACUGUUACCUGAAUAACUGAUAGCAGCUGCUUUCUUCUUUUCAGUCACUAGAAACUUGUUUACACACCAGAAAUAAAUCUUUGUAUCGGAUACCAAUAUGAUUUUUUAGUGCUGUAACUUUCACUGUAUCAUUUGUCUUGUACUUACUUAAGACCAAAAACUUAAAUUUCAAAAAGUGUAUUUUCUUCUUUGAAAUUUGAAAGUAUCUCACAUUCCUACUGAUCAGAUAGUGUAAGCUUAUUAUUUAGUGUGUACUGUUAGUAGUGCACACAGCAUCAAAUUGCUAUGUGCCUUCCUAUGGUAUUGAACAUCUGUAAAAAUGAAAUGCUUUUUUAACAUUGUCAAUAGUCACGCAGAGUGUAAUAAAAUUCCUGUAUAUUUUUGUAUCUCUGAAAGUAUUAAUUUAUGUGUAUUUAUGUUAGAAAAAUAGGACAAGAUUUUCUUUAUCUGUGCUU